UUCCGCUCUUGGAUUUUGGAAGUUGGCUGUUGGUUGGCUUGGCUUGGCUUGGUCUCUUUGAAAUCUCAAUUACCUCCUGAAUGUCGGAGAAAAUAAAAUAAAAUUACUUAAAAUUUAUUGAAACUAUAAUAAUAAGUUACGUUACCAUUUAAAAUGGCUGAUAACAGCGGUGAUUUUAAACGCAAUUCUAAUCGUGACUCAAAUCAAGAUGGCGAGGACGCGUCUAAUAAUAUGAACGAAAAAGCUGGCGAAUACAUGCGGGAAUUACUUGCAGAAAAAAUAAAACUAACUAACUCUAAGUUUCCUAUAUCAUGCAGACUUAUUGAUACAGAGGUUGCAAAAGUCCAAUCAUUGGGUCGUGUCCCACCAAAAGAAUCCAAGUAUGUUGAUGUCAUGCAUGAAAAACCUAUUAAGGUGGCAAUCAAAGUUAUUGUGCCAGUGAAGGAAUUUCCAAAGUUCAACUUUGUAGGUCAGUUGUUAGGACCGAAGGGUAAUACAUUGAAACAACUCCAAGAAGACACAAUGUGUAAGAUGGCUGUUCUAGGCAGGGGGUCUAUGAGAAGCAAGGAAAAGGAAGAAGAACUCCGCAACUCUUUGGACCCAAAGUAUUCACAUCUAACAGAUGAGCUCCAUGUGGAAAUCUCAGCCCGGGCACCACCAGCUGAAGCACAUGCCAGAAUUGCCUAUGCUCUUGCUGAAAUCAAGAAGUUUUUAGUACCACCACCACAGGGUGACAUGAUGGGACCAAAUCCAUUGAUGGAGAGGGAUGGUGACCUUGGGCGGAGACCCCCGCUCCUACAAAACCCUCUGCAGCAAAAACCAGUUCUUUAUGCCGGUUGUACAGUCACCAAACGGUCACUCUCAUAUCAAGACCCAAUACCUAGCUUGAUACAAGGCCCGCCACCACCCAUGCCACAUGCAAGAGGUCGCAUGCCGCCUCCACGACCCAUGCCUCCUCCAAGGCAGAUGCCUCCAGCUCGUCCCAUGCAGCCAUCCCGUCCAAUGCAGCCCAAGAACAAGGUGUUCAGCAUUCUCGACCGCGCACGGUCAGCCAUGGAGACUUCAUCUUAUAAUAAUUAUGAUGAACCCUAUGCUCCAGAACCACCGCAAAUUCGUCCCACUCGGGCUGCACCUGAACAAGAUUAUUACUACGAAAACAGUGGGAACAAUGACCGCUUCUACGAAGACGAUUACUAUAAGGAGGAGCCUCAGCGUGAAUACAAGGCAUCAGCGCGCGAUGUAGGAACACGGCGUCAGAACUCAGGCCCGCAGCGGCACUUCAACCAGCGACCCACGCCCUACUCCAGACAGGCUAAGUAACAAUCUAUUUGUUGCAAGGCUUUACCUCAGCGCACAUUGACUAGGAAUAUGAAACAAUAAAGUGCCCUGAGUUUACUAAACCCAAGAAAAAUUAGAUCGCAGACAAAAGAAGACAAAAAUGAAUUGAUGGACAAACAACUGACGAGAUUAUUAUAACAUUAAAAACAAUCAACUAAAUUAUAACAGAGAUAAUAUAAUGGAUAUCCAUUUUUUAUUAUAAAUUUUAACUUUAUUCGUUCUGAAAUGAACAAAAAUGAUGUACUUUUAUUAUAGUAAGAUACGAAUAGUCGUAAUUUCAGCAUGUUCUAAUUCCUCUACAACCCAAUCAAGUUUAAAACUCGACAAAACUCAAAUAUUGUUGAAACAUGAUGAACAAGCUUAGAUGUAAUUAUGAUUCUUGUGUGAUCUAAAUAAAUACUUUAACUCCAAA